AUGAAAUCCAAUUGGUCCUCAUACCCGCCGGACCUUCUCGAGUCACACAAACAUCGGCAGAAGAAGAAAACAUUAAAGAACCGAGCCCGCCUCUCCCCGCGCCGGGUGACUAGCAUGUUGUUGUCGAGCACGAGCAACAGCUUGGUGCUGCUGGCAAACGAGGCGCAUCCAAAGACGAGUGGCCAGUCUCAUCACACAAGCAUCUCCCUCAUGAAUGCCGACCGCCUCCUGCUCCAACUCUUCCCCUCAAACAAGCACACCCCGUCAAGUCUCUCCCCGAAACUUCCAAACUUAUAG